GCCAGAGGGUGCCUCGCUGUCGGUAGUGACAGAUAAAGGGUGCUUCGAGCUCUUGGCCGUCCUUUCUCGUCUCCUCCACGUCGUCGCCUUUGGCCGUCCAUCCUCGUCUUCUCUACAUCGUUUUCAUCUUCGUCGUGUGGACUUACAGAUCGAAGCGCGGUCGGCUGGAUUCCUCCAUUGUUGAUAAACAUUUAAUUUGGAUCGGUUUGAAUUUGAACACCCCUAGUACUCACAACUAUGGAAUAAAUACAUCGAGCGGAAAUCUGAGCAACGAAGCGGCCCGUAACCCGUUGGAGAGAAGAGUCCAGUCCAGCCAGGGAAGGAGAGGGGCAAGGGCACGGUUGCCAACACGUAUUUAUUCAUUUACUCACUCGGUCCUAACAAGAAAUAAGGAGAGAAAGAUGCACUAUCUACUGAAAACAGAGGCGUCUGAGUGGUCGUGGGAGGACCAAGCAGCCAACGGAGGCAUAACCAAGUGGGAUGGAGUCAAGAACAGGCAGGCCCAGAACUACCUCAAGUCCAUGUCCCUCCACGAUCUCUGCUUCUUCUACCACUCCGGCAACAAGGCCCGCCGCAUCGUCGGAGUUGUCACAGUGGUGCGCCAGUGGUACCAAGAGGGGGACGCCGGGGGUGCUGUCGAUGUCAAGGCGGUGGGAGAGAUGCGGAGGCCGGUGGACCUCAAGGAGAUCAAAGGGGAUCCUGAGAUGAAAGGCUUCGCUCUCUUCAGGCAGCCUAGGCUCUCAGUUGUGCCCGUGUCCGACCACAUCUGGAACAAAAUCUGUGCGCUCGGAGGCGGCUAUGAAGGUGACGCUGACGCUGCUACCACAUCCUCUGCGUCACCGAUUUGAUUUUUACUUUGUAAAUUGUAUCUUCCAUCGCUGUUCCUAACUUCUUUUUUUUUUUGGACAGUUAACUUCUUUCGCCUCCCAGGUUUUUGUUUUUUCAAAGCUUGUUGGGUUAUUGAAUAUGGCUUGCCUAGCAUCAAAACUUCAUUGGGCCUGCGCAUGCUGCUUUUCCCUCCCUUCUAAAAUCUAAUCUCCCAACUUUUCACUGAAAUACUAAAGGCCCUAAAUGAAAUAGAAAAAAC